UCGUGAACGUAAACUAAAGAUCCUGCACAACCAGAUAGUAAUCGCUUAGCGACCUCGGAAUACUCCAAAUCAAUGCAGUUGAUGCCCAUUCCCGUUCUCGUUCCAUGGGCUGGCUUCCGUGAAAGAACCCCGCGGUGGCUCUUAUCUUAUCGAUAAGUGAGACGGGACAAGCCCCUGUCGCCCCUCCAUCAAUUUUCGAGACCCAACGGAUGGAAUCGACUGACUCACACGGAAAGACCAACCUCCGAUAACAACACCCUGCGAACUCAUCAACUUGAUGAUACCCCUUGACACUGUCUCAUCCUUGAAAUAAGAGCAUAGAAGUGCAUUAGACUCCUGGCCGCCUCAACUCACAGACUCGGCGCCCCCCUCUGAUCCAUUCUACGCCAAACUUCGACACCUCGACGUCCUUUGACAAUUGCGAAUCCGCCGCGCAACAUGGCCGACACUGUAGCCGACGCUGCUGCCAAGUUGCAGCUCGGCGAGGGCUCGCCAGACAAUGGGGCGAAACUGCAGCUAGAUGAAGAAACGGGAGAUUGGGUUUCCAAGGGCGAACUGAAGAAACGCCUGGCAAAGCGCGCGAAAAAGGCGCUGAAGGAGAAGAAUAAGGACUCGAAUGACACGGCAGCGGCACUCAAGACCGCCCAGGAUGCUGUCGCGACAAAGAAGCCUAAAGAGAAGACGGAGGAGGCGCCCAUUGAUCCCGAUGCAAUGUUCAAGCAGGGCUUUCUCAACGACGUCUACAACGAGCGCCCAGAGAAACAAGUGUUUACACGGUUCCCGCCCGAGCCCAAUGGCUUCCUCCAUAUCGGCCACGCCAAAGCCAUUGCUGUAAAUUUUGGCUUUGCUCGGUAUCAUGGCGGAAAGUGUUACCUGAGAUACGACGAUACCAACCCUGAGGCCGAAGAAGAGAUCUACUUUACCGCAAUUGAGGAGAUGGUUCGCUGGUUAGGAUUUGAGCCUUACAAGAUCACCUAUUCGAGCGACAACUUUGGCAGGCUGUACGAGCUGGCUGAGAAGCUCAUCACGCUUGGCAAGGCCUAUGUCUGCCACUGUGGAGAUGAGGAGCUCAAGAUGCAGCGCGGCGGGGAAAAGGGAACCAGUCCCCGCUAUCGCUGCGAGCACGCCGAGCAGUCAGUAGAGGAGAACCUAAGAAAGUUCCGGGAUAUGCGUGACGGGAAGUACAGGCCAAGGGAAGCGUUCUUACGCAUGAAGCAGGACAUCACAUCCGGUAACCCCCAAAUGUGGGAUCUCGCGGCUUACCGUGUGCUCGACAAGCCCCAUCAUAGGACUGGGACCCAGUGGAAGAUUUACCCAUCCUAUGACUUUACUCACUGCCUGUGCGAUAGUUUUGAGGGCAUCACCCACUCACUCUGCACCACAGAGUUCUUCCUCAGUAGGACCUCUUACGAAUGGCUGAACCAGCAGCUUGUUGAGUUCCAGCCCAUGCAGAGAGAAUAUGGCCGUCUCAGCAUUUCGGGGACUAUCCUAUCGAAGCGCAAGUUGAAGGAGAUGGUGGACAAGAAGAUCGUCCGGGGGUGGGACGAUCCACGUCUUUACACCCUGAUCGCAGUUCGCCGCAGAGGUGUCCCUCCCGGCGCUAUCCUCGAAUUCGUCAACGAGUUGGGCGUCACGACGUCGAAUAGCAUUAUCCAGAUUGCCCGAUUCGAGCAGAGCAUCCGACGGUACCUCGAGCGGACAGUACCCAGGUUGAUGCUUGUUCUAGACCCGGUACCGGUCGUUAUCGAAGACGCAGACGAGUUCGACGGUACUGAGCUCACAAUACCCUUCUCACCAAAGAACCCCGCGAUGGGCGACCACAAGAUCAAGUUCACCAAGACUGUGUACAUUGACCGGUCAGAUUUCCGUGCGGUUGAUAGCAAGGAUUACUUCCGUCUGGCGCCCGGCAAGACGGUAGGCCUGCUCCAGGCCCCGUUCCCCAUCAAAGCCACAAGCUUCACCAAGGACGAGGCUACGGGCAAGGUCACCGAGAUUCGUGCCGUCUUUGACCGGGAAACGAAGAAGCCCAAGACAUUUAUCCAGUGGGUGCCGGCCGAGGGCUCAGGCUCCCGGAGAUGCGAAGUGCGCGUCUACAACCCGCUCUUCAAGUCGGAGAACCCGGCAGCUGCUGAAGGCGGGUAUCUCAACGAUAUCAACCCGGAUAGUGAGGUAGUGUACCCGAACGCGAUGAUCGAAUCGGGCUUUGACGAAGUCAAGGCGCGGGCACCCUGGCCCGAGGCGGCCGGCGAGGACAAGCUCGGCAAGGGCGGCCCCGAAUCGGUGCGGUUCCAGGCCAUGCGGGUUGCGUACUUUUGUGUGGAUUCGGAUAGCACAGAGGAUAAGAUUGUUCUCAACAGGAUUGUCUCUCUGAAAGAGGACAAGGAAAAGAGCUGAUUUAGUUUUUCAUCUGUGUGGCGAUAACUGAAACUAGCGGUAUUGUUUUUCGUAGGUAGAUAGCCUGAACUCGAAGAAGGCUUGGUCAUUGCAGCAGUUCUGCCUAUAUCGGCCGUUUGCUACCGAUUGCUAACGCUUUUGCUCUUCUCCCC